AUGGGCAAGAGAGCUCAGAAGUAUGGAGGCGGCGCCGCCGCCGCCUCUGGCGACGGCGCGGCUGAGGCGGCUCCGAGGGGCUCCGACACGGUGGAGCCCGAGGCUGCGCCGAAGGCUGCGGCAAUCUGCAGGAGGAAAGGGCCAGGCGCCGCAGUGGAAGUCGCUCGAGAUGCAGACGGGGUGGCGCGGUGCCGACGUGACAGCUGCGCCGCGUCGAUCAAGACGGCGCCCUGGGCCAUCGCGCUGAAGGUGCCCAGGAAGGGCGGCAAGUUUGAGACGGUCCCUGGCGCCUCGAUCGAUGCCUGCAGCACGUGCUACACAGCCUACAUGAUGGGUAAGCAGGAGCAGGAGUUCGCCAGCCUUCUUGUGAACGUCCAGGAUCCUACGAAGAGGGCCUUCAUCUGUGGGCAGGUGCACGUCAAUGCCACCGUUGGGAUGAGAGCCGCCAUUCGGCGCAGGGGCUUGCGCCCAUCGGAAUUCCAGAAGGUUUUCAAGAGGGAGCUCCAUGAUAUCAACCUGUCAGUGAAGGACUUGCUGCACCCAGACGGCACCCAGUACAAAGGCAUCCUUGUCAUCGACAACGGCACGGACGAUGUCAGAGGGUACGGCGUGCUGUACGAGUGGUUUCGAGAGGUCUCGACGCAGUGUUGGGACGUGAAGAAGAUGUCCAGCAACGCCCAGAUGUGCGAAGAACAAGCUGCAUCGACUUUCAUGUACUUCACCACCCCGAAGGACCAGGAGGAGUCGAUGAUGAAGAAGCUCCGCAAUUGCACUCUUGAGCCGCAGAGCAUCCUCGCAAUGCCCGCGGAGUCGGAGCCGCCAGCAGACGGCCUGCCGGGCGCGGCCACCCCUGGGGGUGACGAUGACGACGAAGAUGGAGACUGCGCUGAAGGUCCUGUAGUUGCCGAGAGCGUUUACCAGGGAGCGGUCUUGCACCCGCAUGCCGCGCAGCAAGCAACGUCUCCCAAGAAGGGGGCCAAGCGGGCGGGAAAGCGGCUUGCAUCUGCCCGCAAGAGCUCUGGUGCUGAGUCCACCGUGCCUGGGAGCAGGAAGAAGAGCAAGAAGGGCGUGCCACUCGAGGGUGCGGGAGAUGACUUGGGCAGUGACUCGGGCGACGCCAUUGAUGCAGAUGAUAUGCACAUCCGAAACGUCGACUGCGACGUAAUCCUACUGGGGGAUCGUCUGGGCCACAAGCGCAGGCGCCUCCGAGAGGUCAUGCAAAGCUUGGGCUCGGACAAGGAUGGGCAGCCCCUUCCCCAGGUCGACAGUGCCACCCAGUCUCUCAUUUCCAGGAUGCAGACACGCCUGGACGUCGCAGAGGUCGCCGAGGCGCUGUCCAACGUCAGGAGCAUCGCGGGCAUGAAGAAGGACAAGCUCCAUGACAAGAUCGACUCGUUGAAGGACUACGUCACCGUGUUGCCACCUGAUGUGCAACAAGCUCUCGUCAGGAAACACCUUGCAGAUAUCGGUGCUUCUCUGCUUUCUGAUCCAGCUUGCGUCAAGGAGAUGCUCCGCGCGAUCGGUUUCCCGAAGACGAUGGCUCACAACUACCAGAAGAUCUUUGCAGGCUUCGUCAUGACACCUCUGCUCGAUGCCCCGCCUGCGAAUGAGGAGGUGCUUCAAACGGUCCUCCAGUCCAUCGAAUCUGAGCUCGCCGACGCACAGGCCGACCUGGAUCCGCACAUCGGCGAUGCCGUUUUUUCGUGCUUGAACGCCGUUCGGGGGUGCUUGCACUUGGUCCGUCCCAAUGACACUGAGCACGCGACUGCAUUCGAGGCGCUGACGGCGAAGUACACUGAGGAGGACCGGAACAUGAAGGAAUCGUGGAUGGCCUUGCUCAAGGACGUGAAGAAGACUGCACCUACCCAUGCUGAGAAUGUGCAGAAAGCUGCCGACUGGGAGGUACAGCUUUCGACAGCAUCGCCCAUCUCGGAGAAGAGCGCGCUGCUUUUCCAAAUGUUCCAGGCUAUCCCAGGCAUCGCGAAGAAAGCUCGUGCUACCUCAACCAAGUCACUGGAGAAAUCCUUCACUUCAGCCAUGUCCGACGUGGCGGCGUACAUCAUGCAAGUCUAUCCGUCGACGGUUCUACCAGAGGGUGUGCCUGGAACCGUGCAGAUCAUGCGCGGCUACACCGCAGCGUGGCGGAAGGCGCCCCUUGAGGCGAGGCAUCUCCUGGCUGAGGUCACCGAAGGCAUGCAGGCAGUGACCGCCGCCGACGGUGCCAUCCCCGUGCUGAUGUCAAUCCAGAGCGCUCGAGAGCAAGAGCCUCGCCUCAAUGACGUCAACCCCAAGAAGUUCCUGGACGAGGCCGUCAGGGACGAGUGCAUCGGUAUGGUCAAGAGCUUCUCGAACAACUGCGUGGACAUGCAGCCGUCCGUGGGCGUGCAGACGAAGGCAGCCCACAUAAUCAAGUCCUCGAUGGAGCACGUGCUGGAGACAGACCCCGCUAUGCUGGAUACGUGCCAAGCUGCUUGGGCCGCUCUCUGCGACUUGCUCGACCCAACAUUGAAGAAUAAGUGGCAAGUGAUAUGUGAAGUACUGGUUGACUUCGACGAGGUGGUCAAGCGCAUCACUACCAUGAACGCCGCUUGGACUGCUGAGGCCGCCCAGCGUUCAGAGAUUGAGCCCAAGCUGUCUGAGUGCAAGGCUGUGUGCUCGAUCGCGGUGGACGUGCUGGCGUCCUGCAAAAAGUAUCACACCGAGGUGGGCCUCCAGGUGCUUAUCACCGAGUGUACUGCGCAGAUCGGCAUCGUGAGAGGCAUCGCCACAGCGAAAGCAAACGCCAUGGCCCAGUCAAUGCACGAUUACCUGCAGUUGUCCAUGCAUGACAAUGGGCCGCUCUUGAAGGACGCGCUUGGAGGCGCGAGCAGGCACGAUGCCGUCUGGUGCGAUGGGCUCGCGGAGAAUGCCAGCCUGAAGGACAUCGCCAAGAAGGCUGGCGGCUCGCUCUACAAGCUAAACACGGUCGAGUUCACGAAGGCGCUGGCCUCUCUGAAAGACCUCUACGACGAGUGCAUUCAGCUCUCCGAGUUUUUCAGCGACGAGAUCUUCGUGAAGAAGUCGGUCGAGGACACGCGCGCUAAGUUGAGCAGGGGCUUCGCGACCGCCUUGGAGGGCUGCUUGCUCUACAACUUCCAGAAGAACGAUUCUCCUUCCCAGAAGAGGGCAGCCGUCAGCAGCAGCGUGAAAAAGUUCAAUGUUUUCGAUUCGAUGUCCCACGUCCACGCAGCCGUCCAAGGCUGCGUGAAGAAGGUGAUGGAGAUGAAGGCCCUCCCUUGA